UUUAACGAGUGCGUCAGUUCAGCCACAGCACUGCCAGAGGAUCAGGCCACGUCAGGCGGAAACGUAUUUAGCAGCCUUUUGUGUCGCAUACGUGGCGUUUUAUGACACGAAAUUCAUCGCGGAGAUGAUCUAGUUGACCAGAGGAGUACUAUCCAGCGUCCCAGAGCCGCUGACGCGGAGGCAAUAAAGGAUUUCCUCGGCUCUGCCCUUCCCGUUCAGCCUUUUGUUUUCCUGUCGCUCGCUCCGGCAGGCGACGGAGCAGCGCCCCCUCCGGCCGUACGGGGAAGAGCUCCAGGAUAGGGAGCCAGACGAGCGGCAGAGUCUCUUGCCUCCACGCGCGCGUCGUGGGUCCCCCACGCUCAGCUGUCCGAUGCGGAGUGAGGAUGAGUCCCGCUCUGGAAGCCCUCAUGCAGGCGGACGGGACUCCCUAUUCCGGGAAAGGGGUGAUGCUUGAACCCUUCGUGCACCAGGUGGGGGGCCACUCCUGCGUGCUGCGGUUCGGCGAGCAGACCAUCUGCAAGCCCCUCAUUCCCCGGGAGCACCAGUUUUACAAGAGCCUCCCGACAGAAAUGAGGAAGUUCACCCCUCAGUAUAAAGGCGUGGUGUCCGUCAGCUUUGAGGAGGACGAAGGCGGGAACCUGUGCCUCGUGGCGUACCCGCUCCACAGCGAAUCGGGCGACCUGGAAAACAAGGACCCCUCCUCCGACUGCGAGCCCAAGAGCAAGAUGCUGAAGUGGAGCAACAAAAAGCAGUCCCCCCUGCACCUGGAGAACGACAACUACGGGAAAGAGCGAGUGCGACAGAGCCGCAAAGACGACAAGAUCAUGAGCUAUCGGGACGAUGUGCAGGCGCAGCAGCAGGCCGAGGUCCUGUACCUGAGCCUGGAGAAAGGCAACAUGGUGGCGCAGAUCAAACACAACCCCUGGAGCCUCAAGUGUCACCAGCAGCACUUGCAGAGGAUGAAGGAGAACGCCAAGCACCGCAACCAAUACAAGUUCAUCCUUUUGGAGAACCUAACGUGGCGCUACACGGUGCCGUGCGUCUUGGACCUGAAGAUGGGGACCCGCCAACACGGCGACGACGCAUCAGAGGAGAAGAAGGCCAACCAGAUCCGAAAGUGCCAGCAAAGCACGUCGUCCUCCAUAGGAGUGCGACUGUGUGGCAUGCAGGUCUACCAGUCGGAUUCCGGGCAGCUGGUGUUCAUGAAUAAAUACCACGGCCGCAAGCUGAACCUCGCCGGCUUCAAGGAGGCCCUCUACCAGUUCUUCCACGACGGGCGGCGUCUGCGGCGUGAGCUGCUCUCGCCGGUGCUGCGGCGCCUUCGGGAAAUGCAAGCCGCCCUGGAGGCCUGCGAGUCCUACCGAUUCUACUCCAGCUCCCUGCUCAUCAUCUACGACGGAGAUCCUCCCAGAACCCCCUCCCGUCCCCGACACCACGGCGGCGAGGAGGGGGACGAGGACGAGUUGUCGGAUGAAGAAGAGGAGGAGGAAGAGGGGGCCUUCGGGUUCCCUCGCUCGUCCUCCGCAGGCUGCAGUGGCGGCGGGGCCGGCGGCGGCGGCAACAGCGGCGGCCGCUCCGCCCACGGCACGGCGGACGCCAACAGCCCGGCGGUGGACGUACGCAUGAUCGACUUUGCUCACACCACGUGCCGGCACUACGGCGAGGACAGCGUGGUGCACGAGGGCCAGGACAGCGGCUUCAUCUUCGGACUGCAGAACCUGAUCACCAUCAUCUCCCAGCUGGAGGACCACAGCACCGACUGAGGCCGGACGAGAGCCCGUUGGUUUGGAUUUCAAGCAGGAGCUCCUUGAGCCCGCAGCCUGCUUCUACGAGGCGCCGCCCUCCUUGCGCCGGCAUGGAGGUCUGACACUCCCUCCCGCUCGGAGGCGACCUCGGGUUGAGGGCAGGGGGGUCACGCACGGUGGUUCCUGCGCCGCCCCCGACCUGCCGGAGAGCAGACGGGGCAGGCUGAGCCCUUUGCUCGCACUUUUCCUCUUUCUGAGACUGCUCCUUUUCUUUAGUGCACACGCUAGGAGGAGCGCCAACCAAGAUGGGGGGGUCUCCGGACGGACACACAAACCCUUGUAGCAUCCUCGGACCCCUCCCCCUCCUCCUGCGUGAACACGGGUUCCUUUAUGGUACGUUCUCUCUGAGAGAGAAGGGGAGGUGGAGAGAACGUUGACAUUCAAGUGUAUUCUUUCUUGGAGGCCAACGUGGCGUUACCUGCAGCCCAACCCGAUGGGCUGUUUUGGGGGUUGGGGGGCUGGGGGGGGGGGGUGUAAGGGCUGACUCGGCUGGCGAGGUCAGCAGCCUAGUAGCGAUCCCAAACAUCAUAAGGACGUUUUGUGUUUGUAAGAAAUGUGCCGUGUUGUCCAAUCAGCCGCUCGGAAGACGAACAACACCUUAGAAACACAAUGACCUUUGACCUUUUUGGUUUUUGUUCCUGUUUGUACUUUGUUGACUGUAAACAAAAGACAAGAAGACUUUGUUUCUGUUGCCUAUGUGGUUUUGGAUGGAUGUUUUCCGCUUCAUUCCUUUUAAGAGAAUUUCCGGAUUAAAAUGACGAAACAGCCACAAAGACGUAUUUAUUUGAGAAGGUUGUUGACUCACAUUCCAUGUAACCACUCUAAACCACUCUAAACGUGCUCCUCUCUUGAAGAUUGAUUUUGUUAGCACAAGAGCCCAGCAGCUCUCCUGCAUCCCCGUGUUGCUGCUGUCUUGGCAAAUAAAGGCAUUCAUUUGUG